AACAGAGGUCAUCAAACAGUAGGAGGCAAAGUGGGGAUCAUCCUCAAAAGUGCAGAUCUACAGAAGCCAAUUGAGAGUGAGAAUUAUGCAUUGGCAGCUAAAUUACGAGAUCAAAUCUCCAAUCUGGAGGCAGAUUCUCUUGCCACUACAUCAAAAGUUCUGGCACAUGACAAUGCUCAAUAUUCAUUUCGGUUGGCGCAGAAAGUGAGGCAUAAAGUAUUUGGCUAUCAAGUUGUCAUUUGUGUCGAAUCAAGUUCGUGGAUGGAAACGACACAGGUUGAAAAGUUGCCUCGGGGUCCUAACCGGUCAUUCUAUCAGGUUUUGGUUGAUGUCCAUGAGGGCCCAAAUCUUUUGGUGGCAUAUGUUGUCGAGGACAAUUUGCUAACCCCUGAUCCACUCGAAAAGGGGCAGUUUGAUCAUCCUUGUGUUUCCUUUUUAUUCUAUGGGAUGGAUGAAGCCGGCAAUUUCAUCCCAAUAAAGCAGCUGCGAGAGAAGUACAAUAGACCCCGACAUGAAAUACCCCUUGAACCAGAUGAUGAAGGGAAUAAUGAUGCUUAAGAAGAGGCCACUCCUAGUGUUCUCUUUUGUAGUAGUGCCCUAAGUGAGAGAGCUUAAUUGUGUUCUUAGAAGAAAGAUAACUUGAAAAUAAACCUUUCUUGAUGUUUUGUGGUGUGUAGGAACAUUGUACAUCUAAGAAAGCAGAGCACAAUUUAUGGUCCAUGCGUUCAUUGGUGAUUGUUUAAAUAGAUGUACGAAUAGGACGUUGCAACCAAGCAAGAGUCUAGAUUGUUGAUGUUUGUUUUUAGUCGUUUUGAAUUAAGAAGUGCUAGUUAUACUACUCCUACAUAUUGCAAUGGGGCUGGGCAACAUGUAAUACUUUCUUGAUUUGGUGUAAUUAUAAUUCACGCUUAGAGUUAGAGGUCUCUUUUAACUAUAAUUUUCUUUCUCACUAUAGGGUCUGUUGUAUCCCAGAUUUUGGUUGGGAAUAGGAAAAAAAAAGUUGGGGAAAAUUAUAUUUUCCUGUUUGGAUAUAUAUAUUUUAAAAAAGGGAAAAAAAUGCAGAGAAACUUGAGGGAAAACUAAACUUGAAAUUUUGUAUCAUCUCACUCAUAUUACUUUUAUUUCAUAUUCUCAUGAAAAAUGACUAUCUUAACUCAACAAAACCGACACAUCGGAUAUCUUUGCCAGAAUCAUCUUACAACACAAAUUGUAAAUACUAAUUUAUUAAGAGUGUAUUAGUAACCUUUUCUGUUUUGUUUGGUCUAACUAAUUUUAGUUAGUUGGUUAAGUUUUUUUAACCAAUUUACUUUGCCUAUAUAUAGGUUAUUUCAGCACUUGUAUCAAACACUUGGUUCACUUUUCUUUUAACUGAAAUUCAAAACAGAUUUAUAUUCCUAAUAUGGUAUGAGACGCAAUAAAGCUUCCUCUGUGAUUUUUUUCCUCUUCAAGCUUCCAUGGCACAAACCAGAGCUACUGGACACAAACCCUCGGUGCAUCCACUCUUUCGGCCACCACACAUGCUUCGUCUCCAGAUGCUCCUCUUCCCUUGACGACCAUGAACACUGAAGCACCUCCGGUUUCAAAUCGACCUGGCCAACCCAACACCUCAAAUCGUUUCUCUGCCCUAGUCACCCCGAGUCGACCUGCUCAUGAAGAUGAGAGUAGUCCCUAUUUCUUGGGCACAAGAGACCACCCAAGCCUUGUUCUUGCUUCUCCUCCUCUAACCGACAAGAACUUCCAACAAUGGUGUAGGGAUUUCAAGAUUUUGAUUGGAGCCAAGAACAAGUUUUCCUUCCUCAAUGGAUCUCUACCACAACCAGCUCCAGAUGACCCUCUUCUAAAUCCAUGGCUAAGAUGCAAUCAGAUGGUAAUGUCAUGGAUAAUUCACUCUGUGUCUUCCUAAAUAAAAAUUAUUAUUAUGUUUCUUGAUACUACAGCUGCAAUGUGGUUUAAGCUCAACAACAGAUUUGAUCAAGGGAAUGGGCCAUGGAUCUUUGAGCUCCGUGAAUCUUUAAUCAGUCUUCAUCCUGGUGAUAACUCUGUAAGUGCUUACUUUACUCAACUGAAAUCAAUGUGGGAUGAGAUUAUUGAGUUACGCCCUAGAACACCUUGUACUUGUGCUGCAUCUACUGAUCAUCUUAACUUCCCCGACCAAGAACAAGUGUUACAAUUUUUGACUGGCCUUAAUGAUUCUUUUCAUGCCGUAAGGGCUCAAAUUCUUCUCAUUGAUCCAUUUCCAUCUUUUUCCAAAGUUUUUUCAAUGGUUAUUCAAAAAGAACACCAAAUAAAACUUGGUUCUUCUCACCAACAAACAUAAUUGAUGCUGCCUCCUCCAUACCUACUAUCCACAGUCGCGAAUCUUUUCGCAAAUUAAUUUAACAAUUAAAUAUUAUAAUUAAUAAACAUUCAUUUUAAAUAUAAUCAACUAAUAAAAAAGAAUUUUUUUUAUAUAAAAGUGAAUAUUUUGAUUAAGGAAUAACAUUUAUAGAUUGAAGAAUAUGUGUUAGCAUCUUAUAAAAUAUAAUAUUUUUUCUAGAUAUUGUAUAUAUUAUAAUAUAUAUAAAUAUAUAUGCAUUAAGUUUAAAUGUAGUAAAUUUGAAAAAAAAUAUAAAAAAUGAAUAUAUAUAUAACAAUGUAGUACGGUGCGGUUUGAACUGCAUUUAUAAAAUUUAAAACCGCAAACUGUACUAAACCGCACAGUUUGACAAAAAUGCAAACCACAACCGCACUGCGAAAGGUUCUAAACUGCAAAUUGCAGUGUGGUGUGGUGUGGGUGAUUUUAUGAACAUCCCUACUUCAUGAUGUUCUAUAUAUACCCACUUUUCAAUUCAACUUAUUUUCAGUUAAUGCUUAUAUUUCUAGCACCAAUAAUUUCGUGCUAUUCACUCAUUCUUAUUGCUUAAUUCACGAACAACCCAAGACUACCACGAUUGGGAUUGCUAAACUGGUUGGAAACCUCUAUUUGCUACAACAAGAUACUUCUUUUUUUCACCCAUCUUUUCCUAUUGUUUUUACUUCUACAUCGUGUAAUGAUGGGGCACAAUGGAAUUCAUGCCUUGGCCACCCUUCUAUGUUGAUUACAAAUAAUGCUAAUAAAACUUUGAAUUUUUCUAUCAAGCAAUCUUGUGGCAAGCAUUGUUCUAUUUUUCACUUUGCAAAACAAAAAAGAUUACCCUUUCCUUCCAAUAAUAAUAUGUGUACUACUGCAUUUGAAUUAAUUCAUUUAGAUGUUUGAGGACCAUUUCCAAUAAUUAGUAUUGAAGGAUAUUGAUAUUUUCUAACCAUAGUUGAUGAUUAUCUAGGUACACAUGGGUUUACAUGCUAAAAACUAAAGUUGAAGUUCAGACUAUAAUACCUCAACUUUUUGCACUUAUCUCCACUCAAUUUUCUAUUUGUAUCAAAUGUUUAAGGGCAGAUAAUGCCAAAGAACUAAACUUGUCAUCUUUAUAUGCAUCCAAAUGUAUUAUACACUAUCACUCUUGUGUUGAUCGUCCACAACAAAAUUAUGUUGUGGAGCGUAAACACCAGCACAUAUUAAACACUAGAGCUUUAGUUUUGUAGUCUAAUCUUUCUCUUCCAUAUUGGUCCUUUGCUGUACAAACUGCUGUGUAUCUUCUUAACAUGACACCAUCAUUCUUGUUAAAAUGCAAGUCUUCCUUUGAGGUGCUGCAUCAAAAGCUUCCUUCAUAUGAACACCUUCACAAUUUUGGGUGUCUUGCCUAUGUCUCUACACUUCCAUCAACAAGACACAAAUUGUCUCCAAGGUCACGUGCACAUAUCUUUAUACGUUACCCUGCUCGAAUGAAGGCUUACGCACUAGUAGAUAUUGAAUCUCAAAGGAUAGUACAUUCAAGAGAUAUUAUCUUCCAUGAAAACAUUUUUCCUUUGAAAAAUUCAGAUACUAGUGAUUUACUUGAUAAAUAUUUCUCUAACAGUUUUUUGCCUUAUUCAGUUUCAGCAAGUUCAAGUUCACACGCUUCGAUAUCUUCACCCAAAGAUGCAACUCUUGAUGUGCCCACUACAAAAUCUAGUCGCAUCAUUAACAAACCAUCACAUCUAGACGACUAUAUUUGUAACUAUAAUGUUGUUCCUUAAUCUACAACUCAUCCUAUUACUAACUAUCUCUCUUAUGAAAGAUUUGCAGCUCCUUUCAAAGCUGCCAUCUUAACAGCUCACACAAUUUCCAAGCCUACUUCUUAUGCAAGUGCCUCCACAAUGCCAAAAUGGAAACAAGCAAUGCAAAUGGAACUAGGUGCUCUUGAAGCCAACAAUACUUGGAACAUAACCUCACUACCGGCUGGACAACACUCAAUUGGCAGCAAAUGGAUUUACAAAAUUAAAUACAAAUCCAAUGGUGAGAGAUAGAGAUACAAAGCCCGUUUAGUGGCUAAAGGCUAUACACAACAAGAAGUUAUUGAUUAUUCAGAAACCUUUGGUCCCGUUGCAAAAUUCAAUACUUUUAAAUUACUUCUUGCUUUAGCCGCCACUCAUAAUUGGCAAUUACAUCAGUUGGAUAUAAAUAAUACUUUCUUA